UUUCUUCUGCAUCCUUGUUGUCUGUUUCCACCGGUAAAUAUAAAAAGGGAAAGGUCUAUCUGCUAAUCAAAUCAUUGUCCAACUUGUUCUUUUUUCUUCUGCUCUCCCUGCUGCUACGAUUCAAGAGAUCAACUGUUUCGGUAAUAAGCUUGUAAAUCGUCCUACAGUGAAUGUAACUUUAUGGAUGACGGUUUUGGGAAUAUCAAGGUGAUUCCAGAUCAUUUUCAAGUCUCAACUCCUCACAGGGGUGACUCUCUUCAAAACAGAAGUUCACCUGAUGCACAACCAAGUACUGGAAAUUCUUCGAGGUCCCGUAGCAAUUUAUGGUCUCAUCGAAAAUUUAGGAAGGCUGCAUUCAUGUUGAAUCUGUUCAGUUUACGAGGCUUGCCUUGGAUUGGUGCUGAUGGUCUGGAAAAGGUUCAGUUGACUGCUGCGGAGUUGGAAUCACUAAGAUCAGAACUUGCCGAUAUAGAAGAGAGAGAAGCGUACUUGAAAGCUCAGUUGGAACAUAUUGAUGAAAUUUUGCGGUCUGCACGUCUUUCUGGCUAUUUGUACGUCCGAACUAGGUGGACAGCUUUACCUGGAGAACCUGCUCCUGUUGAUGAUACUGAUGUUGAUGACUGGCUUCCUAGAUUCAUUGUUCUUCAUGGCCAAUGUAUAUUCUUCUAUUUAUUCUCCGCAGAUUUGAGUCCUCAAGAUUCCACACUUCUGUCUGAUGUUGUUGAAGUAGGUUCUCUGCCAAGCUUUAUAAGAGAAGAUGAAGGGACACAAUAUGCCUUUUAUAUCUUAACUGGUCAAGGAUUGCGUUACGAGUGUUCGCAUGUUUCUAAAGUACAGGUGGACACUUGGUUAUCGGCUUUGCAGACAGACUGCAAAUUAGGUUCUGAUGUAGAAGUCCCAAGUGCAUUGUAAUAUCAUUUACGGGUUCUCUUGGUAACGGCAACCGGUCCUCGGAAUAGAUGAAGGAAAUGGAAAAUAUCAAUAUCGGACAAAAGUGUAUGUAUUUGAUACUCAUCCCAAGUCCGUGUAACAUGGAUUAGUUAGAAGUAGCAUAUUGAACACAGCUUAGAUCGGGACUGGGAUCGAGCUAACAGUUCUUUUGUUGACGUACAUAUGAUUAGAAGUAGGAACCAGUCUUGUAUGAUCUCUUAGAGUUUGUAUUCAUCGAGUUCAUGAGUGGAGAAUGAGAAGUUUGAUUCCUGUUUGUCUUGUAAUAAACUAGCUUUGCAUGAUGAGGAAGCUGUUGGAUGUUCAAAACUAGUC